UUCUUUUUCAAAAUUUUGUAAAAAAUGUACGGACUUUUAUUCAUUGGAAACGACAGACUGUUGUUUUAACGUGAUUUUGGAUCUGAAGAAGGAUAACUUGUAGAUUUUUCGUGCGAUGUCCAAAAUUCAAUUAUGUAGAAAUGAUUUUAAUUUGAAGAAAAUCAUUUCGAUUUCUCUUUUUAGCUGUUUUCGCUUUCUGGUUAUACUUUUGUAAUUAUAUAUUUAGAUUUUUUUUUAAUAAUUUAAGUGCUCGAAAUCUGACAGCCAUGAGGAAGAAGCUGGACACCCGUUUCCCAGCUUAAUCUGCAGCAGCUUUCCUUCCACGAGUGGUCAAUAUUGAAGUAAAUAAAUGGAUGGAUCAUUUUUUUGGUGGCUCGCAUUAAAAAGAUAAUGCAAGCUGAUGAAGAUGUUGGGAAGAUAGCACAGGCAGUUCCUGUUUUAGUUUCUAAAGCAUUGGAAUUGUUUUUGCAAGACCUUUGUGACCGUACAUACGAAAUCACACAGCAGCGAGGAGCAAAAACUAUGGGUGCAUUGCAUUUAAAACACUGCGUACAGAGCUACAAUGUUUUCGAUUUUUUAAGAGAAAUUGUCAGCAGGGUUCCUGACUAUGGUCACGGUCAUUCUGAUAACACUGCAGAUCACAGAACCCUUCAAAAGAGGAAGCCCAUUGGGGAUGAAUGCAAUGACAGUGAUGAAGAGUUGAAGAGAAGCAGGAUGCAUGAGAUGAACCAUGCAGGCAGCAGUGGCCGAGGGAGAGGGCGUGGUCGAGGAAGGGGCCGAGGACGAGGCGUUCGAAACAUGGAACGAGAGUCUUCUCAUCGUGAGAUUGAAUCUGAGCCCGGUACAACUCUUCAACAGAACGUACAAAAUAACUCAAAUCCUGGAAUGGUGGUAGAUAAUGGUUCAGAACAAAAGGAAUUGUUGGAGGAAGAUAUGAUAGUCGGUGAUGGUGCCACUGCAUCGGAAAGAAACUUUGAUCUGAAUGCUGACGUGAAUGAGAAUGAGGACACAAAGGCUACAGCUGCUGCAACAACAGCAGCAGCACCUGCAGCAGCAGCAACAGUGGUUGACAACUCAUCUGCAGUGCCUACUGCUGAAACUAAUCAAGAAGAAUAUCCAGGUUGGUCGCUUUCUGAAAUGGACAAAAUGGCCAUCGACCCUCUGCAGCUUGCAAAGCUCAGCACAAGAUUAGAUGAGGAGGAGGAAGAUUAUGAUGAAGAAGGCUAAUCUACCAUUAACAGAGACUUCUUAGGAAAUGGUUAGUGGUUGGGAUUUGAUUAAUGGAUGUGAAUACAAGGAGAGGAAAGCAGCAGAAGGUGAAUACCAGAAAGACAAGUACACAUUGGAGAAUGAACAUGUGCCCUGUGUCGUUCUUCCUGGGAAAGGCAGAAAUGAUAAAGAUCGUUUAGGUUUUUCUCUGUCUCUCUUUCCUUUCCUGCCAUGCUAUCUUCUAACAACCAUUUGCAGUAGUAGACUUGCGUAGAACAUUAACUUUGUGUGAUUUGAAUGUCUAAUGUAUGAUGAACAUGGCAGCCUUAGUAAAAGUUGCUGUUUAA